AUGGCAUUCCGUCAAGCUUACGAAAGUGCAGGCGACAAUGCAUUGCGCACGCGGCUAAGCCGGUGCGUUGACCGCAAGCCUGACCCGGGAGUCGAGGUCAAGCGAUCGUCAGUGCUUCUUUUGACUAUCGCUGCUACUUUCGCGGCUCCAUCGCCAGCGUCCAGCGCAAAUACAGACAAUGACCUCGAAAAAAAAGAACCCACAACACACGAACUACUCAGCUCCCUUGGCCUCAAGAAGCUCAGGAUACCAGCCGCUCACCACAGAAAAAGACUAGCAGAACAGGGGCGGAGACACGCCACCGGCGAUUCAAGAAUGUACGUGAUUAAACUUCCCCCUAACACAAGUUAUUAUAGCCAUGCGGAGCCUGCGCCAGCUGCAGCACGGACUUUACCACUCCAAAUGACCAGUAAUGGAAAACCUGCUCGAGUCUACCACUGGAACAUUCCGGUUCUGCAAAAGUUUGCCAAAAAUCGUCCCCAGGCGAGAUUAGACGAUGAUAUGGUCAAUGUGGAAAGCACACCGACUUGGCCGAAGGCGAUUAAUCAUCCGAAUUCAUUAGAUGCUUUAGCAUACUACGUACCAGCUAAGAAGACGUCCUUCAGAAAAUACUACUCUGGCAACGGCAAGCCUAAAUCUUUCUACAUAAUCGAAAAGAAUAAGAAGGACGCAGAGUACCACAAAUUGUUGCCCUAA